CAUCGCUCAGCGUCCUAUAAAAGAAGGCACAGCCACUGGCAGCCACAGGGUCCACCAGCGACACAGCCACUCUACGUGCUUUCUCGGACAAGGCAGGCAGAAUGAAGGGAGCCGUUGUUGCUUUUCUCGCACUUUGCGUCGCUGCAGUAACCUGCUCGGCGCACGUACUAUCCCAGGAAACGAAGAAAACACAGGAAGGUGUUCUGAACCAGGACUUGGGAAAUGAAGUCGCACUUGUUGGAGAGCUGCUGCUAGAGACAGCUGACGUGCUCGCCAAGGACAACUCGAUGCAGGAUGAUGAGUACUUCCUAAGAGACCUGUUAGAAAAGGCAAAGGAUGCACUGAAGAACGCUGGUAAGAAGAUGAAGGAGGUCGCACAAAAUGCCGUAGAUGACGUGAAGACAGCCGUGCAAAAGGCCAUUGAAAGGACCAAGCAGAAGGCAUCGGAAAAGGCUCUCGAAAUUCUGGCAAAGGUCAUGGGCGAUUCUCUGUCUUCGUAUGCUGCUGAAGAUUCGGGCGCGCAGACCGCUUUCCGUCACAACGUUGUUCGUAAGCUUAGGCGCACUGGCGAGAAACUUGUGGCUGCGGGCAGGAAGCUUUCAGGCCACUAAAGAAGUAAAAUGUAUGUUCACAGGCAAUUCGAACACGAAACUUGAAUAAAGUAUUCUUGAUAUUGCAA